UCGGUGUCGGCGAGAACGGGCUCGCUGUCGAGCUCAGACGUACUGAAAAAUUAAUUCUUAAAUCCUAUGCCAUGGAGAGCGCGUCAUCCCAUUCCCAUUUGAAAAAAAUCUAGCAGGCGGGUGGCCUCUUUGGUCUUUUUGACAGCUCUAUUAUGCCAAACAGUGAACACGAGAUCUAAUCCCAUUUAUGAAACCAGAAGAACACGGCAUGUAGCGCAAACAUGAAGCAACUUCCCUUCAAACAAACAUUUCUUAGGCUGAACAAAACCCCUGAGAUUGUCCCGCUCAUCUUGUCCGCGUCCUCCUGACAAUUCCCAGCCCCCAACCUCCUCUAUUAUUUCAUCAUUCACAAGUCCCACUAGUCACAAGUCUCAGAAUCACAUAUUCCAGACACCAGGAUAAAGACGGAGGGGGAGGAGGGAACAGUAAGAGAGAAAGGGAGGCUGUAAAACUUAAACACAGAGAGUUAUUCCAGUAUUCUACCCACCUUCUCCCCACCUUCCCUUCCGGAAUAAUGCUUCCCUCUUCCCCUGGGAAUAGUAAAAGCAAAGACCAACUCCACUCGAAAAAGAGACACCCAUGGGAAUGACUCCCAUGCUUUCCAUCUUCCACUUCCUCCUCCUUUCCCUCUCCUUCUCCCCCUUAUUAGCCGCAGCGGCGAAUCAAUCAGAAGGCGAGGAGGCGCCGUUCGUCGGCGUCAGCAUCGGCACCGACGUCUCCAACCUCUUCCCGCCGGAGGAUCUGGCGGCCUUCUUGAAGUUCCAGCAGAUCACCCACAUCCGGCUCUACGACCCCGACGCGGCCCUCCUCGCCGCCCUCUCCGGCACCGGCAUCCGCGUGGUCCUCGGCGUGCCCAACAACCAGCUCCUGGCCCUGGGCUCUUCCAACGCCACCGCCGCCGCCUGGGUCGCCCGCUACAUCCUUCCCUUCCACCCCUCCACCAUCAUCUCCGCCGUCGCCGUCGGCGACGAGGUCCCCACCUCCUUCCCUUCCGUCCUCCCCCUCCUCCUCCCCGCCCUCCGCUCCCUCUCCUCCGCCCUCUCCUCCUCCAACCUCUCCUCCUCCGCCCCUCCCAUCAAGCUCUCCACCCCUCUCCCCUUCUCCGUCAUCCUCGAUCCCUUCCCCCCCUCCCAAGCCUUCUUCAACCAGACCCUCGUCUCCUCCUUCCUCCUCCCCCUCCUCCAAUUCCUCUCCGACACCGAUUCCCCUCUCAUGCUCAACCUCUACCCCUACUACGCCUUCAUGCAGAGCCGCCGCGUCAUCCCCAUCGACAAUGCUCUCUUCAAACCCCUCACACCAUCGCUCGAGGAGGUCGAUCCCAACACCCUCCUCCACUACACCAACGUGCUCGACGCCAUGAUCGACGCCGCCCACUUCUCGAUGAAAAACGUCAACGUCAGCAAUGUCUCCGUUCUCAUCACGGAGACGGGCUGGCCCUCCAACGGCUCCCGCAAGGACGAGCCCUUCGCCACCAAGGACAACGCCGACACCUACAACUCCAAUCUCAUCAAGCACGUCCUCGACCGCUCCGGGACGCCGCUCCACCCCGAGGUCACUUCGAGCGCCUACAUCUACGAGCUGUUCAAUGAGGAUUUGAGGCCGGGGCCGGUGUCGGAGGGGAAUUGGGGGCUCUUCCAUGGGAACGGGACACCGGUGUACGUGCUUCAUGUGUCGGGGAGCGGCGGGUUCCUGGCGAACGACACGACGAACAGGACGUACUGCGUGGCAGCGGAGGGGGCUGAGGGGAAGGCGCUGCAGGCGGCGCUGGACUGGGCGUGCGGGCCGGGGCGAGCGAAUUGCUCGGAGAUACAGCCCGGGGAGAGCUGCUACGAUCCCAACAACGUGAGGAGCCACGCAUCGUAUGCUUUCGAUAGCUACUACCAGAAGGAGGGGAAGCUGGCCGGCUCGUGCCACUUCCAGGGGGUGGCUAUGGUCACCACCACCGAUCCCAGCCAUGGGGAUUGCAUCUUUCCUGGAAGCCAGCAAGAGAGGAACAUCACCAAGGCAGGAAUCAAUGCAACUCAGACAAGUAAGGCUGAGGGAUACACCAGAUUGAGACCAAGAAAAAGAUGGGAUCUGAGCUUCCACAUUCUUUCCAUGGUCAUGAGCAUGCUGGUGGUGGUUACUUUCUCCACCUCCAACUUCUGGACUUGAUGGCAGGCAACAAAGAAGUGUGUGCAUUCUCUUCAUCAAUUUUGUAAAAGCUCAUGAUUUACGAACAUCGUCCUCGUUAUUCAUUUUGUAAUAUCAUGUCCUCAAUAAAUUUUUUUAUUGCGAUA